UAGGACGUUGUAGAAAGCUCUGUAGGUUCUCUCUGUGUGUCCUACAGGGCUCCCGGGGGCCAGGUCCUCAUCUGAUGGCUUUUAUGACAAAAUAUCUCCUCCCCAUCCUGGUGGUCUCCUUGGCCUACUACUAUUAUUCUGCAAACGAGGAAUUCAGACCAGAGAUGCUCCAAGGAAAGAAAGUGAUUGUCACAGGAGCCAGCAAAGGGAUCGGAAGAGAAAUGGCUUAUCAUCUGGCGAAGAUGGGAGCCCAUGUGGCGGUGACAGCGAGGUCAGAAGAAGGUCUACAGAAGGUGGUGUCCCGCUGCCUAGAACUUGGAGCAGCCUCAGCACAUUACAUUGCAGGAACCAUGGAAAACCUGACCUUUGCAGAACAAUUUGUUACCAAAGCAGGAGAACUCAUGGGUGGACUAGACAUGCUCAUUCUCAACCACAUCACCAACUCUCCUUUGGUUUUUUUUAAUAAUGAUACCCAUAUUGUACGCAAAACCAUGGAGGUCAACUUCCUCAGUUAUGUGGUCCUGAGUGUGGCUGCCUUGCCCAUGCUGAAGCAGAGCAAUGGAAGCAUUGUCGUCAUCUCCUCAUUGGCUGGAAAAACAGCUCAUCCUCUGAUUGCUCCUUAUUCUGCAAGCAAGUUUGCUCUGGACGGGUUCUUCUCUUCCCUUAGGAAAGAAUAUUUAGUGACCAAGGUCAAUGUGUCAAUCACUCUGUGUAUCCUUGGCCUCAUAAACACAGAAACAGCCAUGCAGGCAACUUCUGGGAUAUUCAUUGCAGACGCAGCUCCAAAGGAGGACUGUGCCCUGGAGAUCAUCAAAGGGGCAGCUCUGCGGAAAGAGGAAGUAUACUAUGACAAAUCAAUCUGGACCUCUCUCCUGCUAGGAAAUCCAGGGAGGAGGAUCAUGGAAUUUCUCGCAUUAAGGAAAUAUAAUUUUGACAAAUUUAUAAACAACUAGUAACUCCCUUAGGACUGGCCAUGGUAAGGGAUCUUGGGAUGUUCUGUCCAGUAUUUCUUCAAGCUCUAUCCAUGAAAGCAUCUUCCCAGAGGGAUAACUAGAGCACUUCCAGAGACAUGCAAGUCACAGGGUACAUCUCACAAUUGGAAGAAGUUCCUCUAACAUGUGCACAGUGGAAAUUUAAUUGUAAUAAAUGUCAUGAACCACUCUUCAGCCUACAUUUGUGAAACUGAUAGUAACAAUAGGUAUAAUUACAAGGUAGCUAUAUCCAAUUUACCUCGUAUAUGUAAUAAUAUUAUGAUGCUUAAUACAAUA